UUCCUUCAACAGUUGCACGUCGUCCGUCGUUCCGAGUUGUUUUGUGUGGCGUUUGUGUCGUGGAAAAUUGAAAACGGUCGUGUUCCGCGGAACAACACUACACUGAAGUGUUGAAAAAUAAGGUGCUUUCGAUUGUAGCAAAGUGAAAUUUCCAAUUUUUCUAGGCUAAAAUAUUGGUAGUUCGUUGUGCUGUGCUGAUUAUCCUCGAAGCGAUAUUGAUUCCUGAAGGAGGAAAAGAAAAAAUUCCAUUGUACUGAACCAGGAUUCUGGGUAACUUCGAAACGAAUUCAACACUCCAUCACCAUCUCGCUCGCUUAUGACUGGCGAUCGUCGUCAUCCUCAGCAAUGCGGUCGUCGUGCCUCACAAUGAGCUGCAGAUGAUGAUGACGCCACGACAUCCGCACGAAAGCCGGCUGUGGUAGAGCUAUAUACUACAGCAGUAAACAGUCCAGCAGCAACAACAACAACCGAAUCUGUAGAGAGAUUGGAAUAAUUUAUGGGACGGACGGGCGAGCAGACCUGAGGCGGUGUGAUUGUGUCCUGUAGUGGUGUAUAUUAGUGUGCUCAUGAAAAACCCGUUGAAGUGCUGUUAGGAGAUAAGCGAUACAAUCCCAGUCAAGUGUUCAUGGAAGAAUUGUUCGAUCGGAUGCGGAUGGCAUUUCAAUUUUGUGAAUAGUGAAUUCGUGUAAUUAUUUUUUUUUAUCGGAACAAGCAGAACCAGAAGAUAUUAUUACCUCAUCAAUCCCCAUUGGAAAAAUAAGCAACGUCAAAAUACUAAUCGGCGCAAAAUAGAACACAACAGCACAGCGGGAAAGUGAAACCAAAUAAAUAACCAGUGAUUAAUUAGCCUGCUUCCGGUUUGCGGAAGUAGAGUGUGUGUAUGUGUGUUUGUCAGUGAGUGAUAGGAAAGAUAAUACUCGCAAAAUGUCCAAAAAACCAACGGCCGGUCCGGAGUUGCACAAAGUCAUCAUGGUCGGCAGUGGUGGCGUUGGCAAGUCGGCACUCACACUGCAGUUCAUGUACGAUGAGUUCGUGGAAGAUUACGAGCCAACCAAGGCGGAUAGCUACCGGAAAAAGGUGGUCCUGGACGGCGAAGAGGUACAGAUCGAUAUCCUGGACACGGCGGGCCAGGAGGACUACGCUGCCAUCCGCGACAACUACUUCCGCAGCGGUGAAGGGUUCCUGUGUGUUUUUUCAAUCACCGAAGACGACAGCUUUCAGGCGACACAGGAGUUCCGGGAGCAGAUAUUGCGUGUGAAAAACGACGAAAAUAUCCCGUUCCUGCUGGUCGGCAACAAGUGCGACCUGAACGAUAAGCGGAAAGUGCCACUGGCCGAAUGUCAGGCCCGGGCACAGCAGUGGGGUGUGCCAUACGUCGAAACGUCGGCGAAGACACGGGAAAAUGUCGAUAAGAUAUUUUACGACCUGAUUCGGGACAUUUCGAAUCGCAAGAAGAAAACUCAGGAUACGGUUCAGCAACCGAAACGCGAGAAGCGACACUGCUGCCAGCUGUUGUAGGGAGCAGUAAGGUCACCGGUUCCGGCACGGUGCCGAAGAUGGAAGGUCACAGCGAGACAGCAUUUUCGUUGGCGAAAGAGGGUACUGGGGUAUGCACUGAUCAGCGGUCACUUUUUCUAUGUUAGUUAAAUUCAAAUACUUGUUGUACAAAAAUGCAGCAUAUUAUUAGAUGUUUCGUCGCUUAGCAUGCUUUAAUUUUACGUUAUACACAAAUGAUAUUCGGAGCAUGUCACCUGCGGGGGUGAUACGUUACUAUAUUCUGUAAAAUGGAACAAAUUGUUGUGUGUAACCGUCGAAUGACUAGUUCUCCACAAGCAGGAAUAAGAUUAAAAAAAAAGUACUUCACGGGAGUUGGGGUUUUAAAAGGCCGAGCAGACCAAAAUCAAGCUGUCCGAAAUUAAUCUCUCACGACAGGUACGAAUAAACUUUACAAACCUUUGAAAGCUGUGAA